AUGUCUGGUUCCUCCGACAACUCCCAAUUGAACGUCCAAGGCUACAACAUCGUCACCAUUCUCAAAAGAUUGGAGGCAGCCACCUCCCGUCUCGAAGACGUCAGUAUUUUCCAGGAGGAAAUCCACAAGAAUGCGGCCAAAGACCAAUCCUCCUCCAGCCCCGAAACCAAGGCCGUUCUCGCAUCUGCACCCGAGGAAACACUCCCAUCGCCUUCUCCUGCCCCAAUUGCGCCGGCCGAAAAAGUCAAGUUUGUGUCCGAGUUCGAGAACUUCAUCAAGGACCACAUCGAUCCCUUUGUCCACAGCUCCGAGGCCAUAGACGCCCAGGUGGGCAAGGCGGCGCAGAGCUUGAAGGCUGCGUUCGAGGAGCAGGUCAAGUUUUUGGAAUUGGUCUCGAGAACGCAGAAACCAGACCCGCUGGACCCGCUGUUUGUGCUGACGUUGUCCCCCAUGAACACCCACAUCGAGGAGAUCUCCAACAUCAAGAAUGCAAACAGACAGUCCGAGUAUUUCAACCAUUUGAACACCAUCGGCGAGGGUGCGCCCGUGUUGGGCUGGAUUGUCUCCGAGACGCCCGUGUCGUUCAUUCCAGACUUUAAGGACAGUGCCCAGUUCUGGUCCAACAGAGUCAUGAAGGAGUACAAGGAGAAAGACCCCAAGCAUGUGGAGUGGGUGAAGCAGUUCUUGAGCCUGUUUGAUGCCUUGAAGGCGUACGUCAAGGAGUACCACACCACUGGUCCCUCGUGGAACGCUAAGGGUCAAACCCUUGCAGACUCCUUGAAGGCUCCAGCAUCUGCCCCUGCUACUGCUUCUGCUGGUGCUGCUGCCGGCGGUCCUCCUCCCCCACCUCCUCCACCUCCAACCGACUUGUAUGCUGAGAGCUCGGAACCCAAGUCUGGUGGAAUCAAUGCUGUCUUUGCUGACUUGAACAAGGGAUCCGACGUGACAUCCAAGCUCCGCAAGGUCGAGAAGUCGGAGAUGACCCACAAGAAUCCUCUGUUGAGAAAGGAGGGCGCCAUCGCCAGCAAGCCGCUUCCACCAAAGAAGCCUACCAGCCUCUCGUCUGCCUCUGCCGCUGCUCCCGCCGCAAAGCCUCCUCGCAAAGAACUCAUUGACGGAAGCAAGUGGAUCAUUGAGAACUUCACCGAGAGCUCUGCACCCGAGCCCAUUGAGAUCGAGUUAGAGAGAACCCAGUCUGUGUUCAUUGGAAAUACCAGCGGGGUCACCAUUGUCAUCAAGGGCAAGGGAAAUGCCGUUUCGAUUUCCGAGACCAAAAAGACCGGAAUCGUGGUGGAGUCGCUCAUUUCCGGUAUCGACGUCAUCAAGUCUUUUAAGUUUGGUGUCCAAGUGACGGGCGUUGUCCCUCUUAUAAGCGUAGACAAGUGUGAGGAGGGUAGCAUUUACUUAUCGCAGGCUAGCGUCGACGCGUCCUCGCAAGUAGUGACCUCCAACUCCAGUGCCAUCAACAUCAACGUUCUCGACGGCGAGGACUUUGUUGAGUUGCCUGUGCCCGAGCAGUUGAGCCAUACGAUUAAGAACGGCAAGAUUGUGUCUGAAGUGAUUGAGCAUGCUGGCUAG